AUGGUCAAUGUGACACCCAGUAUAGACCCAGCGAAGGCCCAAGAGGGGUACAACUACUUUGCCUUAAUAUGUGGUGUGCCUCUCAUCCUCAUCAUCAUCCUGGGCAAUGUGCUGGUGUGCCUCAGCGUGCUGACAGAACGCUCCCUCAAAACUGCAACCAACUACUUCAUCGUCAGUCUGGCUGUGGCCGACCUUCUGCUGGCUGUGCUGGUUCUCCCACUCUAUGUCUACUCUGAGUUCCUGGGAGGCAUAUGGACACUGAGUAUGUACAUCUGUGAUGCCCUUAUGACUAUGGAUGUGAUGCUCUGCACUGCCUCCAUCUUGAAUCUAUGUGCAAUUAGUGUGGACAGGUACAUAGCGGUGGUGGUCCCUUUGAAGUACAACCGGAACCAGUUUAGUGUCCGUCAGUUAGCCUUAAUUACAGCCACGUGGGUGCUUUCCCUGGGUGUGGCAAGUCCUGUUAUAUUUGGCUUGAACCAGGUGCCCAACAGGAACCCUCAUGUUUGCAAGCUGGAGGACAACCAGUUUGUGGUCUACUCUUCCAUCUGCUCUUUCUUCGUACCCUGCCCUGUCAUGCUUCUCCUAUACUACUGGAUGUUCAGGGGACUCAAGCGAUGGAGCUCUGGUCGUAGCCGGUCGCACCUCCGUCGAGCACCCAGGGGGCAUAGAAGUCUAUCUUUGCACCUGGGAGCAGCACUACAGAAGGAGAAUGGAAGGGAGAGGGAGAAGGUGGUGUACCUCAUGCCUGGAGGUCUCAGUCCUACAUCACUUUCCGCCACCCCGACUACUCCAGUCACCUCAACCAGCCCGGUUACCAUUACCACAGUUGAGAUAGAAGGUCAGACGCCAGCUGCAGAGAGCGACCCCAUGACCAACCAGAUGGACAGUGUAUCAGAUGCAGAGAAUCCUGACAGGCCUACGGAGGAUGAUAGUGGCCGAGAGAAUGGGGUGGGGAAGAACCAUCAUUCUCAUACAGGACGACGCCACAGCAGGAGCAACAGGGUGAGCGGACGGGAGCGGAAGGCAAUGAAGGUGCUGCCUGUAGUCGUGGGUGUUUUUCUGGCUUGCUGGACUCCUUUCUUUGUGGUCCAUGUGACUAAAGCGCUGUGCCAGUCAUGUGACAUCGGGCCAACGCUAAUCAGCGUGGUCACGUGGCUUGGCUAUGUCAACAGUGCCGUCAACCCAAUCAUCUACACUGCCUUCAACGUGGAGUUCAGGAACGUGUUUCACAAACUGCUCUUUUGUCGAACCUGAGACUGAGGUAUAACUUGUAGGAAUGGGCUAAACUUCUCACCAUUCAUGACAGUAAAACACAGUUCCACUUACUGAAACAUUAUGGUUCAAUACAAAGGUAAACUUCUACAAACACCUGGAUGAUCUACAGCACACAAUGGUCUCAAAGUAAAGGAAUGGUUUAAUGAAAAAGAGAUGCAAACAUAAAAAUUGGACUUCUGAAUGGCCAAAUGGACAGUGCAGGAGAAUGUACCACAGAGAAAUACUUCUGAUGCCUUAGUUAACUGAAUUUUAUUUAUUUUUUUCUUGUAAAAUUGUUGAUUGAAUACACUAGAUAACAGAAUACUUUUGAGUUCUCAGCCCAGAGGCAUAAAAUAUGUGAAAUCGUCCACAUUGAAGUGUCAUCUGUGUUUGAUAUGUGAUUGGUGUCAGUGUUAAUUUUAUUAUAUUUUUUUAAAUGGCCAAAUGGAAUUACUUAUCUUUUUUAAAGGUGUUGUUUGUUUUUUAAUAGAUAUGCAGAGUGGACAGGCAGCUUUUUGGAUUGUAUGCAAGUUGACACAUUUAUUUGUGAUCAUUCAACUGACUACUUACGAGCUGAAUGGCUAUGUUUUGAAUGAAACACAAGCAUACUGCUAACUAAAUACUGCAUAGUACAUACUGUAUACUGCCUACUAUUUUUAAUAAGAGUAUGUGAAACAGUAUGCAAUAUGGAGUGGAAAUAUUUUGUCACAUGAAUUCAAAAUUUUGGAAAUAAAAACAGUUCUUUAGCAAAUUUUAAUCCAAGUUUUUGUAAAUGUGCUAAUUUAUGCAGUUUAAUC